GCCCAUGCAAUCAUAUCGUGGCGAUAUGAACUGUUAGUUGUAGACAUAAUCAGCCAUUGAAAGCAUUGAAAAUUCUCAGCCUCUGUUUUGUCCCUUAAAUUUCUCUUCCUCCCGCAUUUUUCUCACCUUUUAUUUGUCUCACCAAAAAAUAAGGAUCUCUCUCUCUGUCCCUCUGCUUCCCAUCUCUCUGUUUCUUUCUCCUCUUUUCUUCUUGUUUUUUUUCCUUUCUUCAUUUCUGGCAAAGCUUUGUCUCUUAUUGGAGGACAACAUGGCGAAUGCGGUAUCUGGAAUGGCUGUGCAUGAUGAAUGCAAACUGAAGUUCGUGGAGUUAAAAGCGAAGAGGAAUUACCGGUUCAUUAUUUUCAAGAUUGAGGAUCAAGAAGUGGUGGUGGAGAGACUGGGAAACCCAGAUGAAACCUAUGAGGAGUUUACUGAGUCUCUGCCUGCCAAUGAGUGCCGCUAUGCUGUCUAUGAUUUUGAUUUCAUCACUGAUGAGAACUGCCAGAAAAGCAAGAUUUUUUUCAUUGCAUGGUCACCUGAUACAUCAAAGGUGAGAAGUAAGAUGGUCUAUGCUAGCUCCAAGGAUAGAUUCAAGAGGGAACUGGAUGGCAUUCAAGUCGAGUUGCAAGCAACAGAUCCUAGUGAAAUGAGCCUUGACAUUAUAAAAGGGCGAGCACUUUAAUUGUUUGUCAUUUCACCCUUUUGAUGUUUAGCCCUUCCUAUCAACUACAAAAAACAAUUACAUUCUGUGAGCAUUGUUUUUGUCCCUUGAACUGUUUAUUCUGUAGUGUUGUAUGGGGUUGUACUAAACCUGUAGUAUGAUGUCACACUAUGUAUUCACCUAUACUGAUUAGUACUUUUUAGGCUGUUUGUCAAAAAAGUCAUGUUUGCUAGCA